UAGAAGUACUCAUAGAAGUAGACUGCCUCAAAUAUAGCAAUAGUUGUUGUCUUCUUGUCCAGUUUACGUGGGAACAACAAGCUGUUUUGGAAGGCGAAACAGGCAGGCAGUUGCCAAGAUCAGACCACAUCGUUCUUUGGUGAGCUGCUAGCUACGGAGGCGUUGUUGGAGCUUAUGGACAUCUAGCCAUGACCACCAGGAUGAAUACCGAUGUGGCGUAUGAGAAGAUGUCAGACGCAGAGUUGGGAAGGGGAGAGGGAUUCGCAAAGUCACACACCUAUUUCAGGUGUCUCCUGCUCUUCACCAGUCUGACAACGGUGCUGCUGGCGCUGCUGUUCCUCCAGGCACUGCUCAUGCCCGGCCUGAUGCCCCCCUCCUCCGAAUCCCCCAGCCAGAGGCUCCCUCUGCCCCCCUCCAUCUCCUCCUCCUCCUCGGACUCCCCAGUCCCCAGGCUCAUCCUGCCGCAAUCCUGCUCCUCUGACCAGUGCAAGGUCUCGCUGGUGGAGAGCAUUCCCGAGGGUCUGGACUUCCACUCCAACGUCACCCACCCCUCCAUCUACAACACCUGGCUGAAGCUCCUGCAAGACGCCCGCACCAGCCUGGACAUUGCAUCCUUCUACUGGACCAUGACCAACAACGACACCAAGACGGACGAGCCCUCCGCCAAGCCGGGUGAGGACAUUCUGAAGAAGCUGGGGAAGCUGUCUGGGACAUUAAAUGUGCGAAUCGCGGUGAGCACCCCCACUGCCUCCCAGCCUCAAGAGAACAUCCAAUUUCUCCAAGAUGCCGGUGCCAAUGUGCGGAUGGUGAACAUGAAGGCCCUGACCACAGGAGUGCUGCACACCAAGUUCUGGGUGGUGGACAAGAAGCACAUCUACAUAGGCAGCGCCAACAUGGACUGGAGGUCUCUCACACAGGUGAAGGAGCUGGGUGCGGUGGUGUAUGACUGCGGGUGCCUGGCGGAGGACCUGGGCAAGGUGUUUGAGGCCUACUGGUACCUGGGACACAGCCAGGUCAUCCCCUCCCCGUGGCCCAGCGAGUACAACACCCCCUACAACAAGGACACUCCCAUGAAGGUCCCACUCAACGGGACGGACUCACGCGUGUACUUCUCGAGCUCCCCACCCCCUCUCUGUCCAGACGGCCGUACUCAGGACCUGGAGUCCAUCCUCAGUGUCAUCAGCGACGCCGAGGAGUUUGUCUACAUAGCCGUCAUGAACUACCUGCCCACCAUGGAGUUCUCCCACCCCAAACGCUACUGGUCGGACAUUGACACGCAGCUGCGUCGCGUGGCGUACGAGCGUAAGGUGCGCGUGCGUCUGCUCAUCAGCUGCUGGGGCAGCACCUCCCCCCUCAUGUUCCCCUUCCUCAGGUCACUCGCCUCCGUACAGGACGCCAAGAAGGGACUCGACAUACAGGUGAAAAUCUUCACCGUUCCUGCCACACCAAAACAGAAGGAGAUCCCAUUUGCCAGAGUGAACCACAACAAAUACAUGGUCACCGAUAAGGUGGCUUAUAUCGGAACGUCCAACUGGUCAGGUGACUACUUUGUGAACACGGCCGGCUCGGCACUGGUGGUGAACCAGACGGACUCGCAGUCUGCGGACGCUACGCUCCAGAGGCAGCUCCAGGCCGUCUUCGACAGGGACUGGAACUCCUCCUACAGCACGCUGCUCAGUCACCAGGGCGACGACAACCGCCGUGGAUACGUGUGCCCCAGCGGCUGAUGAGGAGAAGGAGCAGGAGGAGGAGGAGGAGGAGGAGGAUGAUGAUGAUGUAACCUGACCCCCUUGACUUUAGUUUUCUCACCUCUUGGGCCUUUUGGAGUCAAGACACUCCACCACUCUCCACCAGUAUUGACCCAAACACCCACCCUCAUCAACCAGGGAUGUCACUAGGAAGCUUUACUGGGGUGAAAUAGUUGAUUCUUUUCUCACAGCCUAGGUAAUCUGCUAAAGAGACUAGUUUGCUGCCCCAUCCUAGUGACCACCAUCCCGACCCCCUCAUGAACUGACUCUUAUGACCUCUUGAGCCCCACAGGGCAGCUGCGCAUAUGUUUGGUAUGAUGCCUGAUGUGAUUCCUUCUAGGAAUUAUGUAUAUAUUUUGAAUCAAUUAUUUUCUUAAUUUGCACAGUUGAGCACUCUAAAGCAGUGCAUGUGCCAUUUUAAAACAGGGUGGCUAAUCGGGUGAUGCCGUCUUUGCCAAAAUGUCCUUCUGAGUGUGCCAGGACGUUACAUCACACCAGUAUUUCCUGUCUUAACGCUCCUAGGGUGCACGUCAAUUUACGUGCUCUUGUCCUUUCCUGUGGCUUCCAGCCAUGAUCCAUGAUGCGCGGCUCGACUUCAUCAAUGGUCGACGUUUUUAUUCAGUGUCUUGCAGAAAUGUAAUGCAGAGGUCCCUUGCCAAUUUACAAUAGGGAUGUCAAAUGUACAAUAGGGAUGUCAAACGGAGUGAAGUCCAUUCUGUCACUGGUUGACAGUGGGGAAACUUUGCGUGUAUUGUUUCCUCCAUGGAGACGGGCAACACCAAGGCAGGUGACCAGCAGCAGUAGGAAAGGAAAGGAGGAAGUAGAUCGACUUACACUCCUGGUAUUGAUUGUGCACAACAGCAGACAGUGCAACGACUACAGCCGUCCCUAUUAGUUGUUUCAAUCGAGUUAGGGACAGGGGCAAUAAUGAAUAUUGUUUUUUAUUAUGCUGGAUAAACCAAGUUAAGAGGCAUUCAGUGUGUUAUGAGAUGAAAUGAGAGAGAUGAUCAGCGUGUUUGUCCACAUGUAUCAAGGGUGUCUGUGAAAUGUUACAGCCAGCUGGAGAGGCGCUAUGCAGCCCGUGCAGUCAUGUAACACAUCUGAGGCAGUCAUGUGACUGUGAGUCAUGUGACUCAGUGACACUGAGUCAGCUCUGUGUUUGCACACACAGGGUUAAAAUGACCUCAAACCUCAAACCACAUUGUGACGUAAACAAAGCUACUCCAGCCGCCUGAUUUGGUAGUGGCCAAUGCAUACAGUUGUUGGGGCUCUAUGUGGUGAGAUGUUCGUUAUCCAACUGAGUCGGUUAUAUUGCCCAAAGGUAAAGUGCAGUAACUACUCCAAAACUGAAACUGAGACAAAUGCCUGCAAAGCCUUGAUAUAAGGUUGGAUAUUGUAGUUACUGCAAAUUUGACAUAGCAAUAUCUCUGAAACGGGACACAUUUGGACCGCAAGGCUUUGCCACAAGAUAAAAGAGGUGGUAUGAUAACCAUUUUCAGUCUAAACUCAAUUUUGACAAAAAUAUGUAGUUACUUCACUUUGUAGGCCAUUAUAGCCAUGUCACAUGAUCAGUGCACUAAGAAUACACAGGGCGUUGAAGUGGUGAUUUGGACAACUGUGGUGGUAUCAGUUCAUGGGAGAGCCCUGUUGUUGUGUUAGAAACUAGAUGAUUAAAAGCGUUUGGCAAUUUUAAAAGCCUUAACGGACUACCUGCUGUUGCUUUUUUAGUAUGAGAUUUUCUUAAUAGUGUUAAGAGGUCAGAAAUCACCCGACAUGGACUCCUCUACAACAAACAUUUUUUUUCUGAUCUAUCUGCUGGAAUAUACUUUAUGUUUUAAUACGUAUAACAACAUCCUUUUCAGUGUUACAGAUGAUUUUUUUUUUAAAUACAGACAUACAAUAAUAACUACCAACAGGUAAUACUUCUGAAAUGCACAGAAAGUACUUCUCUAAUAUGUUUAAUCUGGGUGCCUAUUGGGGGAUUUUAAAAAAACAUUCUCAGGAAACGAGGGGUGUAUACUAAUUAAAUGCCUGUUUG